AUGUCAGAAUCCCAAGACACGAUCAUCAGACAACUGCAGCAAUAUACAACGUGCGACGUCUCGGACGCUCUGUGCAAGUUGAAGUACCGCAAUGGGGGUUUUCUAUCUGGCUUAACCAUGUGGUCUCCUCAGCGCCAGGACGGUCCUACUAAAAUCGUCGGACCCGCAUACACUGUCAAAUAUGUACCCUUAGACGAUCCAGCACCCAAGCAUCCGAACCACUACAUCGAUACGGUGCCCAAGGGCGCUGUAAUCUUUGUCUCAUGCCCUCGUAAAACUCCGAACGCUGUGUAUGGUGGCCUGAUGUCGACCCGUGCGCUAGUCAGCGGCGCCGUCGGAUCUGUCAUCGACGGUCGUUUUCGCGAUCUGCAGGAACAGCGCGAGUUACAAUAUCCGAUUUUUGCUCGAGACGUCGGCACAGCGCCGCCAGCAGAACUACUCAAAGUGGCCGCCGUCAAUGUACCCGUACAGCUCCAGACGGACGAGCAAGAGAUGGAGGUCCGGCCAGGCGACUACCUAAUUGCCGACUUAAAUGGUGUCGUCGUGUUGCCCGUCGAGCUGGUGGAGCAAGCUCUGCCGUUGAUGCAGAAGCAGGUCGAGGCUGACGACAAGAUGGCCGUCGAGAUCAAGAGAGGUAUGACUUUCACUGACGCCAGCAAGAGGUUCAGGUAA